GUUUUGUGGAAGCAGCAAAGGUGAGCUGGUGCGGCGGUUGUGCGCAUGCGCAGAUACGUAGAUAGUGACUUCAUUGCCUGCUCAUUUUUCAACGCACGUCCGGCGGCCGACGCUGCUCUGCCAGACUGGAAGACGCACAAAGAAACGGAGCCGCCGCCGUUCGGUAGACUCAUGUCCACGUCGACGCUAAAACGCUGUGCAGGUCGGAUUUUUACUGCUGCUGAUUAUUAUUAUGAUUGUUAUUUAUUUAUUUUUUAUUCGUGAAUUUGUCUCUUUCUGUGGUGCAUUCACUUACUCCUCUAAAAUGGUGAAAAGCCCUAAAUCUGGUGAGGAUGCUGGAUUCACGAUCCAUUACAGCUCAGCACCGUUGUGGCAGCCAUGGGAGAGGCAGCCCAUUCAGUCAUAAUCAUACGCUGCUUCCAUGUAAAGGAAUAAUGCUGACAAUACGAGGAUCCACCUAAAAUUUCUCUACAAUACAAUGAACACCACUCUACCCGCAUCGGAGCUGGUGGAUGUGCCGAGACAGCACACCUUCAACGGCACCCAGAUGCCUUCCGGCUGGGCUGUGAUCCACACUGCUACUUUGACCUUUUGCUCCCCGCUCCUCAUCUUCAUCUUCCUUCUGGGUUCCUACGGCAAUGUGGUGGUGUUUCUGUCUUUUUUCGACCCAGCGUUUCGCAAGUUUCGCACAAACUUUGACUUCAUGAUCCUCAACCUAUCCUUUUGCGACUUGUUCAUUUGCUGUGUGACCGCUCCCACAUUUGCGCUGGUUCUCUUCCUGGACGCGGAUGGAAGGGACGGCGUGUCGAAGAGUUUUUGCUUUACCUUCCACUUGACCAGCUCAGGUUUCAUCAUCAUGUCGCUGGAGACGGUCGCGGUCAUCGCCUUGCACAGGCUGCGGAUGGUUUUGGGGCAGCAGCCCAACCGGACAGCCUCUUUUCCCUGCACACUGGCACUCACUGCCCUGCUGUGGACCACCAGUUUCACAAUGGCGGCGCUGCUGACCACGCGAGUAUACCCCCACAGAGAUGGACCCUGUUUGCGCCAUUUUGGCCUGGGAACUGGACAGGCCAGGGUUGUGCUGUACGUCUACCUGGCAGACUUUGCGUUUUGCGUGGCUGUGGUGUCCGUGUCCUACCUGAUGAUCGCGCGGACUCUAAGGAAGAACUCGGUGCGGAAGUGUCCCAUCACCAGUGUGGAUGCCACCUGCCCGCCACCACCUCCACCCCUUGUUGCAGCUGGUUUCGAAAGCAUGCAGUGUGCCGUCCAAGGACCGUCUCUGUACCGCAACCAGAACUACAACAAACUUCAGAAUGUGCAGAGUCACUCUUAUACCAACAGGACUAGCCAGCCUUUAGCUCCAGGGGCGGCCCAAGGUGCCACCUGCUGUCAGAUGGUGUCUUCUGUCAACUUGGCCACAGCUAAAGACUCCAGGGCAGUGGUCACCUGUGUGGUCAUUGUGUUUUCCGUAUUACUCUGCUGUUUGCCAAUGGGGUUCUCACUGGCGCAGGAUGUUUUGUCACCUAAAAGCAGCUUUGCCCACUACCAGUUCGAGCUGUGUGGCUUCGUGCUCAUUUUCCUCAAGUCGGGCAUUAACCCAUUCGUGUACUCGCGGAACAGUGCCGGCCUGCGCCGCCGGCUGCUCGGCUGCAUCCAGUGGGCCACUCUGGGUUUUCUCUGCUGCAAGCAGAAGACCCGCCUGCACGCCAUGGGAAAGGGAAGCCUGGAAGUCAAUCGCAAUAAAUCCUCGCACCAUGAGACCAACUCGGCCUACGUGUUGUCGCCCAAACCUCAGAGGAGGCUGGUGGAUCAGGCUUGUGGGCCCAGUCACUCCAGGGACUGUGGUGGUAGUCCAAGGGUCACGGGUGCACGAAAACCCCGCCUCCCCAGCACUUCGACGCCAAUAAACACUCGCAUCGAGCCCUACUACAGUAUAUACAACAGCAGUCCAUCCGCAGGGCCCAGUUCCCCCACCAGCCUCCAACCUGUCAGCUCUCAGGCGUUCGCCUUUGCCAAGUCUUAUGUUGCCAUGCACUACCAUACUCACCAGGAUGCACUGCAAGACUUUGACAGCACAUCGGUGCAUCAGAUUCCUAUCCCUUCAGUCUAAUCAAAGAACCGAGAAUGCCAAUCAAUCAAUCAAAAGAUUAAA